AUGGGUUGCACACUCAGCGCUGAGGACAAAGCCGCCGUCGAACGGAGUAAAAUGAUCGAUAAAAACCUUCGUGCGGACGGCGAAAGAGCUGCUAGGGAAGUGAAGCUAUUACUAUUAGGUAGGUGGAGUAUAAUUUAAUGCUUUAUAAAUGCUGAGUUUUGUAUUUUUAUGAUAUAUUUAUACGACAAUAUGCAUUUAGUGGCUGUUUUGAUCUGCUGAUGUUCAACACCCAGUCAGUGACAUUAAUCUUUACCGUGUUGUUUCCAAACCUAAAAUAAUCCGGCAAAUAAUCUUGUUACAACACGGUUAUGGCGUAAAGUGUGUUUGUCUGACAAAGAAAGGCUAUAACAUAGAAAGAAACUAGACUUUGUUUGACCUAGACACUUCACGAUGCGACACUCUUGCUGUCUCAUAAAUUUCAACAUUGAUCAAGUGUACUUAUUUUGAGUUCGAAAGAUACGACAAUAUUCUUGGUGUUUCCGCCUUCAUGUUAGGAUUUAUAGCUCAAUAAUUUGGCUAAUAUCAUGAGCAAACCGCGUGCAUAGAGGAUUAAAGUGCUUCUCUACAACUACGAAACAAAAGAAAUUCUAUAAUUGCGGUUGUUUCUUGCACUGGGACGUCACACCCCGCUCGGAAUACAUUCGUCUCGGCUUAGCCUUUCUUUUGAAUAUUUUAUACCACUUGAAAUUUAUAAUUUAACUGAUCUUCUUCUCGUGCUAUACUGAAGCUAUAUUUUACCAAGCUAAGCUCGCAUUUUUAACAUCUGUCAUUUCAGACUACACAAAGUGUACAAGUUGCAUCACUGUUUGUCAUUUUUCUUGCAGAGAAAUAGUCCGGGCCGGAACAAUAAAUUCGCGGCAAAAGGAAGCUACUUCUUUUCUCGCCAAAUUGGCUAUAGAUUUAAAAAGGCAUUUCGACAAAUGAACUAGUUCCUUUGGGCAAGAAAAGCGCCGUUUUGGUGUUAAACGGCUGUGCAGAUGUCCUUUGCCGUAAACUCAUUUCACACAAUAAUAUUCCGCCUUGGUUACAAUAAUUCAUAAUUUGUGACAUUCAUCGUACGUAAAUUUCUAUUCUUUCAAUACCAAAAAUCGAUUUUUUAUUUUAAUAGAAAUUUUAUGAAUACUGUAAAGAAAGCUCAAUGCUUUCUUUUGUAAACGUACGUUGCAUGCCCAGUUUUGGGAAGGAGUAUUUAUCUUAGCUUAAUAAAAAUGUUCUUUCUUUGAAUAUAUAAUUGAGUAUUUUUCAUUUGCGAAGUUUGGAAACAGGAAAUGGCUAAAAAUUGUUAGUCUAAAUUGUAGUGCAUUUAAAUUUUGUGGUUUCGUGUUCACUACUUGCUAAACUUGCUAACUUGAUCAGGAGUUUUGGAAAUCUAUAUUUAGCACAGUCUAUUGUCUUCCUUCGUGUUUGGUGUAAUAAUAAAUUAUUGAUCUACUCCGACUUUCAGCAUAAUAAUGAAACAUGACAUUUUCGCAGUACACUAUAUGUUUUCAUUUUCAGCAGACGUGUCUUUAACAGCAGGUUGUUCCAUUGACAGUGAAUUAUAGUUUUAUACUGCAAGAUUAUUUUACUAAGAGCUGAUUUGUUUUCUUACAAGUCAACUAAAGUAAAUGAAAUGCAAAAAUACAAAGGUUGCCCUUUAAUAGUCCAUUGUCCAUUAAACAUUUACUGUACGUACUAUUUUCGAAAUGCUCAUUGACUAAUAUGACUAUAGAAACUGGCUGUUUCUAUGUGACUUCCUGUGAUUAAAGUGUGGAUGUUUCACAUCUGUUUUCUUUUAUUCAUAUCAAUGAUCAGAAGUGUCAUUUCAUAUCAAUACAAUGUACUAAGGACAAAAAAAUGAACAACUAUAUGUACUGUAUGUGUAUAGUGUAAUAUAUGCAGGGUAUGGUAUACCAUGCCUAGCCUACUAUAUAUAUACUUAUAUAUAUAUACGAUACAGAACAUAUAAUGCUAUCUUUUCAUGUCUUUUUGUGUUUUAUUAAAUAAAUGUGCUCCUACUAUAAAUAGACAAAACUGAGUUAAUUAUUUUUGUGCGAUCUCAUUGGCCCUAAUGUUUUAUAACUGUAAACAACAGGAAACCAUAUGUUUAUUCUGUAAAAAUUAAAAUAAUAAUUUUGGUUGAUUGGAUUUAGUGUAUAAUUAUAUCGAUAUAGUUGCCAAUAUUCAUAUCAGGAUUGUGCCUGAUUGUUACCCAUGUGCUAUAGCUAAUCCAAUAAGUACACUACAGAUACUGUAGUAGUGAAUAUGCAAAAUAUUUGUAUUUAUAAUACUCUUGACACUGUAUUGUUUUGUUCACAGCUAGGUAUAAAUAAUAUGUAUGAUAAAACUGAAACACUUCUGUUACUAGGGUGAUUGUGUGUGAUAAUAAUAAUAAAGCAGUCCUGUUACUAGGGUGAUGUGGUUCUGAUAAAAAAAAAUUACAAAAACCAGCUGAAAAAAAUUGAGUGAAUAAAUUUUUGACACACACUUCAAACUGCACUUGAAAAUGUGCACAACACAACUCAAAAUUUACUCUCGUUUAAUUUGCCUCAAAGUGAGAUUCAGAAUUACGUUUUGUAAAUUUGGAAUAUUGGGCGUGAAAGUUGCUUACUAAAGUACCGAUGUACAGAACUAAAGUAUCGAAGCACUGUGCAUAAACUCGGUUAAUUUUCAUCGGUUAAUUUUCAUAAUCGAUUAAUCGUUGUCAACAAUCGAUUAAUAUCGAUUAAUCGUAUUGAUAGUUAAUUUAAAUAUGACAAGCCCAUGGUAGUUUGACAGGUUUGUAAAUUGUUACUAAACUUUUUACUAAAUUUUUGGGGGUUGCACCAGUCCGUAUACUGUAAAUGUUUAAAAUUGCGAGACUCAGACUCUUAUGAAUAAUUGGUUUAUGUCCGCAUGCCGCAAUGUUGGACGCAAAUGGUAAAAUUAAUUCUUCUAAUAAAACAAACUUUAAAGAUACCUUCACAGCGCUGGUAAAAUGCCCGAUCAGACUAUGGUAAACUUUGCAUGCUGUGAGUGAAAUUGAUAUUGCCCACAAUGCUUUGAAUCAAUUUGUCAUUUAAUGUUUCAUCACAAUCUUGUUGCAAUGAAAUCCGGAAAGAAAUAAUUUACUGUAACUCAUCCCCGCAUCACGCUGUGUGAUGUUAUAGAUGAUCUGAUUACUGUUGAGCAUAAUCGAUUGUGGAAAAAUAAUCGAUCAAUCGAUUGAUCAGGAGCAGCUCUAAAAGAUUUAAACUUUGUUUGACUAAUAUCAGUACAGUAAUAUGGCCAACAUGUUUGAGCAUUUAAGAAAUAUAUUUCAUUUAUUGGCUGCUGUAUAUUAGUAAAACACUGCAAAUUAUGAAUGUUUGCAUACAUGUGGUUCCAUUAAACUCAUUGAGCAGCAGUGCUCUCCCCUUGACAUGAUAUUUUUUUGUUUUUGUACCAGCAAAAACAACAUUGGAGUACAUCUGACUACAAAUCAUAACUUGUUUGCAUUAUAGAAAAAUUAUGUGAUAAUAUUAUAUAUAAGAUGGUGUCAACCAUCAUUACUUUGGGGACCCCAUGGGUGGAGUGUGCAGGUGUUGGUCACAAAUUUUAAAAAAAUCAUUGUAUUCAGUUGCUACAUGUUGCACAAGUCUGCCAAUUUUUGGAAGAUUCGGCAGGGCUUUCAAAAUAAGCCAGUGGCCACCGGAGCUCCGGCGGCCGCUUCUGCUCUCCUUCCUCCACUCUAAGCUUUCAAGUUAUUUUUCAUCAACCUAGUCUACUUUAUAGCCUGGUUAUUGUCGAAAAUGACAUAUCUUUUCUUAAAACUGAUUAUUUAUUUGCCACCUUAAAUCUUGAAGUCAUCUUGUUGAAGAAUGAAAGUAGUGAUACAUUAUAAUUUGGUUACAGAGCUCAGCUCAUUUUCGGAUAACUUAACAUUCAAUUUUAAUUGGCUCUUGGGAAUUUGUCCAUGUUUUGUUUUCGAUGCAAUUCCCAAAGGUGGAAGAAUGUGAUUUCGACCGGCAAUUUUUAUUUAACGAGUAUGUGGCCAUUUCUCAUUGUUACGAUUUAAAAAGAGUAUCAUUGAAAAGCUAAGUAACUGUUCUUUCGUCCUAUGUAAAAAUUGAAUUGUUUAGCCACGUUUAUGAUGCACGACAGCCUGUUGAAUUUCCAUCGCAUUUUUUUAGACACCCUGUAGACCGCCCCACCCAAAAAGGGUAAAUGACACAGAGAUGAAUGAUUAUCACUUUUUCAAUUUUAUAGAAGAACUUUAUUUCAAAGUCAGUGUAGUAUUUAAGCAACCCAUAAAAAUUUAAUAACAAAAAAUAUAGUUAAACUGUUAAGUGUAAAUUUAAAUAAUUACUGUACGUAAGAGUCAAAUUUUGACUUUUAUCCAUCAUUCUACAUUUCUCAAGGGGAGGUUCAUGGACUUUCAGGAGAGGUGCAAAAAGUCUCUGGGGAUGCAUAAAACGAUCCUGAUAAAAAAUUUAAUAUCUAAAUGUAUUGCUAACAAUUGUACAAUUUUCAUAUUAGGUGCUGGUGAGUCUGGCAAGAGUACAAUUGUGAAACAAAUGAAGUAAGUGACAUAUUUAUUCCACAAGUUAGUGUGUUUUAGUUAAAAUUAUUUGUGCACCAAAUUAUUUGUUGUGUUGUUCCUUCUUGUAAGUGUCUAAUUAACAUGUGCCUUAUGAUGUCUUCUUUGAUAUCUGUAUAUUUAAUGCAGCUUUAUCUUAAUGUUGUAGAUACCACAACAACAAAUAAGUUGUUGAAAUAAUUACAGAACAGCUGCAACUCACAUAUAUGUGUUCAAUGCAUGGUUAUAUCAGUCCCAUUUCAGAUUAUAUAACCAGAAGACCAGAAGUCAAUUUCCCAUCCAGAUUAUGGAGUUUUUGUACAGCAGUUGAGGCCACUCUUGGGUUUUUUAUGAUUACUGAUUUCCCAAUCUUGUAUUUUUAAAAACCAGAAAAAAAUAUAAAUGCUGUCAUCAAUUUUCAUUAUGAAUAAGCUGAUUCUAUUGUUCUAUUAAAAAGAAAUGAAUAUCAGUGCAUUCAUUGUGUUUUUUUGCACAUGUUUAGCAAUCUUACAGUAUCACAUCAUAGAGUGGCAGCUGCUAUACAAAUACGAUCUUGCAUUUAUAUUUCCCCUCUUAACUCACCUAUCUCUUUAUUGGAAAUGAAAUUAUUAAGCAGGGUUCGUACAGAACUUGAAAGUCCUUGAAUGUCCUUGAAUUUGAAAACAAAAAUUCAAGGCCUUGAAUGUCCUUGAAUUUGUAAAGAAGUACUUGAAUGUCCCUGAAUUCUUCUUGCUUUAGUUUUUGGAUAUUUUCUGAAAUUGUUUGACAUUCAAGACGGACAUUUUGUUGAACUGAUUUUGCAUGUUCAUAUCUGACGGAUCUCAUUAUAAAGUUACGUUUUGAACAAUUCAACGUCAGAUUUUGCUGAUUUCUAAUGCCUUCUUCAGUAUUUAGUCCUUGAAUUUGCUGAUACACGGCCUUGAAUGUCCUUGAAAAGUCCUUGAAUUUGACUCUUCCUGACAUGUACGAACCCUGAUUAAGUGAUAGAUUAGCUCUUAUCCAUGACCAUGUACAGGGCUCAAAAUAAUGUUUCAUGUUAUGUAUGAUCAAAUAAAUCUCAUUUCCAGAGCCAACAUGUGGUCGGUCACUAUAAUAACCCCGGCGUCAUAUAAAUUUGACUGGUCAUAUAUUAAAAAUUUUGAGCCCUGAUGUAAAAUUUUGAGCCCUGAUGUAAAAUUUUGAGCCCUGAUGUAAAAUUUUGAGCCCUGAUGUAGCUGGAUUAUACAGUAUGUGUACUGUAGCUUAAAUUAAGCUGGAUUUCCUUCUAGUGGAAAAUAUUGUGUGUGCGGACACCUCUCUCCUCCGCAGAGGCUUACAUGAAGUUUCUAGUGAGGGAAAAGUGAGCGUGCAAGGAGUGAUGGGAAGACCUAAAUAAAUUAAGCCUCUGCGAGUUACUGCAAUCAAUAUGGCGUCGUAUAUAAUCGUUUGUAGCGAAGUUCGAUCAACCAUCGGGGGUGUUAAAACUUGUUUUUGACUUUCAUUUUCAGGCGUACUUGAGUAUCCUGGGGUGAAUUCAAUAUCAAUAUCUUCUUCUGUCUAUUUGCAUCGAAAAAUAUUGAGAAAUUGCAAACGAAUAUCAAUGGAUACGAGAUAUCUGAUUAUAAAUAUCCUCUUAAUUGCAACAUUUCUUUAUAAUUUUAAAUGGCCCUAUUGAACUUAUUGAACUUCGAUACUCAGAUUAUGAAGAUUCAUUUCAAUUUCUUUCACAUUUCCAUCGAGUUUGCUUCAAAAACCAUACUUCGUUGCAUUAACUGGCAGAGCCUCCCCAACUUCAUUUCAAUCUUCCCAUCACACCGCGCGCGCUCACUUUUAUUCAGGAAACUUCAUGUGAGUUAUUUAUAAAUACUUAAGGAGGCUCUGCGGAGGAGAGAGGUGCGGACACAUUGUUAUAUAAGACCAUAAUACAUUAGACAAAAGAAAAUGUCAUAAAAAAGUAGAAACAUUUUCAAUUUGUACCAACUGUAAAUCCAGCUUUAGGAGGAAGAGAAGACUGGCAUGAAAGAAUGCCAGAGAUACUGUGACUGAGUACUUUUUCUACAAGUAGCUUCUCCCUGACUGGAAAGUUUGGAAAUUGCACAACCAAGAUUUUGGAAAUUUAAUCUUAAUCUCUUCAUAAUUUAUUGUCGAUUUCAGGUAACUUUUCAAAACGCUGUUGCGAACUUGCCAAUUACGUUAUCAAGUUCGGAAAUUAGGCGUGAACUUCGCAACAAAGUUCACAAGUUCAUUUCAAAGUUCGAACUUUGAUUGUAAACAAAUGUACGAAUUUCAUUUAUAAAUUUAUUUAAAAGGCAUUUUCGUCUUGGCAGACCACUGGACCAAUAUUUUACUGUAGUAAUAUGUGCAUACUCUGGGCCUUAUACAGUAAUUUCAACUUCAACUAGGAACACAAUUGUUCACAAUCAAAGUUUGAAAUGAACUUGCGAACUUCAUUGCGAAGUUCACGCCCAACUUCCGAACUUGAUAACAUAAUUGGCAAGUUCGGGACCAGCGUGUUGAAAAGUUCCCUGAAAUCGACAAUAAUAUAUCUCAGUUGCGUGAUACAAACUUUCCACACUGGAGCUUCCCAAGUUUCAUUUUAACACUCAAAAGCAUCUGACAUUCAUCAAAAGAACUGACAUAAAUACUGGCCGGUAAAUGUGUAAAUGGAAAUAAUCUGCUUUGGUAGAUUAUUUGGUAUUGUUGGCCACCAAUUAAUUAAUAUCAAAUCAGCUAAUCGGCACUUUUUAACGAUCGGCUCUUGUCUAAUAUUCAUGUGUUAUUUUUCUCAUCCAACCAUAUUUUAUUACACUGGCUGCAGCCAGUGUCAUAGAAUGCCCUUCCUUGAAAAUGGUUUUUUGGUUGUCACAAGUGUGACUUUCCAUUGCGGCAUCGUGGGCUCAGGAUUGUGCAAUUUAGCUAAAACAUGCUCACGACGAUUAUUAGGACCAAUUCUACACAAUGUUAAUCAGAACGACUUUCGUGUUUAACUACGUUACAAAUCUUAGUCAGACGUUGCAAUUGUGGGACGUAUUUUAUUAUAUUUCAUUGAGCAUGUGCUUGAAUUUUUCUGUGUUUUUCGAUAUGAUAUCGCUGAACUCUAUUGGUUUUGUAUGGAUUUUCAUUAUCCUCUGAAUGUUUGUGAUCAUGAAGUGACGGCUGUCAAGAAGUGAAGAACAUCUACAUGUUUCAAAUGAUUUUUUAGAGUAUUGCGAUGGUAUUUUAACAACCACAAGGCCAGUGUGAACGCCUGAGCAGGCGUCUUGUUUAUUAUAGUUUUGCAACCCAUUUAAAAAACCAACUUGCAACAUCGUUGCGAGUUAAAAAAACUGCCAACUAUACAGCAUAUACUGUAUACACAUACAGCUUCUAGAGUAGUAAGAGUACAGCGUAUUAUGAUGGAUUUAUUGAGAAACUACUUGUUAUUUUUUGUAGAAUUAUUCAUGAAAGUGGUUAUUCACCUGAAGAAUGCUUACAAUAUAAACAAGUUGUAUAUAGCAAUACCAUACAGUCAAUGAUAGCUAUUAUCAGAGCAAUGGGAACACUAAAGAUUGAGUUUGCUCAGUCAGAUCGAGCGGUAAGUUACAGGUCUUAGUUUAAUUUUCAUCUUACAAUAUUUGACCAAUUAAGAAAGAAAAAUACUUGCUAAUUCACUUCCUAAAUUUGUUUUAAGCAUGAACCUUUCAUUGUCUGAUUACAGUUUACAGACCUUUACACUGUGCUCUAUUUUUGGUUCAGAUAAAUUUUGUGACAAUCUAUACACAUUUUUCAAUUGGUGUUUUUCUCACAAUAAAAAUUUAAUGAACAAAAUAAUUAUGCAAAUAAUAUUUGGCCAUUACCAUUAAAUGUUAGAUUGGAUUAAUGUGCUAAUUUCAUUUAUUUAGGAUGAUGCCAGAAACCUUUUUGCUCUGUCAGGUGGGAUGGAUGAUGUUGACUUCAACGAUCAAUUAGUUUCAUUAAUGAAACGUUUAUGGAAUGAUUCUGGUGUGCAAGCUUGCUUUGGACGAUCAAGAGAAUAUCAACUAAAUGAUUCUGCAGCAUAGUAUGUGUAAUUAUUUAAAAACAUUAAACAUGUAUAACAUGGAGGGGUUAAUUGCAAGUGGUUGCAAAUGCAGCACUAUAGGGUUUUAUUUUAUUAUAACCCUUUAUAUUAAUAUGCCAGAAAAUAAGGUGUGCCUAAUGCCUAUUGGAAAAACAUGGGAAAAUCAAUAGACCCUCCCCAAAGGAAAUGUUCUGUUUUACAGUAAAUUUGACCUGACCUUAGCAGAUUGUAGGAAAUGCAUACGUCUUGUAUUGGGUCAUUCCAGAAAAUAUCCAUACCACCCCCACGGAGGAAAUAGGAAGUUAACCCCCCUACCCCCUUCGGAUGUCCUAAUACAUUUACUAUUACCAGAAACAAUUUUUUCUCCCCUCCCCCUCCUAAACAGCAGAAAUUUCCUUUGUGGGGGGAGUAUGGAUCUUUUCUAGAACGACUCAUUGGUAUAUACAGUAUGUAUGUAUGGAUAGUGGCUGCAUGCUUGUUGUCAAAUUACAGCAGGUGAAUGUAAAGCCUAAUUAUAUCCUACCGAAAUGUGUAUGGUGCAUUGAACUUUUGACAUCAACGCUUAUGGUGUUGCAAAGAUACAGUGAAUACCAUAACAUUUGCCUCCACAUUGUUUAAUUCCAUACACUUCAUUUAGCUUCAUAGCUUGUUCAUUUACUGUGUUACUGUAUACUAAUCAUUUCAGUUAUCUCAAUUCUCUGGAUCGGCUGGGUUCAAAAGACUAUUUACCAACAGAACAAGAUGUACUAAGGACAAGAGUUAAGACAACAGGAAUUGUGGAAACACAUUUUACCUUCAAAGAUCUUCACUUCAAGUAUGUGUCUUUCUGAAAACCAAUUAUUUCAAUUUGCUUUGUUGUUCUGGCUAAUCCAGUGUCUGUUGUGAUUUGUUACCCCAGUAUCAAGGGUGUAGGAAAAAUAUUUCCUAAACUCAUUUAACAACUGUGAUCAAAAGACAAACAGCACCAUAUUGUUGUAUGGUAAUAAAUGCCUAUGCAACUCAACUAUCAAUUAGCAACUAUCAAUUAUAAUUAUCAACUAUCAAUUAGCAUGGUAAUAAAUGCCUAUGCAACUCAACUAUCAAUUAGCAACUAUCAAUUAUAAUUAUCAACUACAAUUAGCAUGGUAAUAAAUGCCUAUGCAACUCAACUAUCAAUUGAAUUCAGACAGAUUAUUCAAUACACCCUUUAUUGACAGAUUAUUCAAUACACCCUUCUUGAAAGUACUUAGCCCUGGCUAUAGAACCUCAGCAUGAUAGCAUUGCAUGUGCAGUAGGGUAGGAAUCAAAGUGUAUUACAUUUUUCAAGGUAAAACAAUGGGACAAGUGUCCUGUCGUUUUGACAUAGGAUAAGGUCCACAAUAAAUUUUACGGGAUGCUGGAUAACACAUAGUUUGAGAAGGGAAAAUGGGAUGAAAGAAAGAAAAAUGGAGGGAUUUGGGAUUUCAGGAAGUCCCUGGAGACAGAAUGAGAAAAACUUAGGGCAAGUGGAUGAGGCAGACGGAAAUUAAUUUCAAUGGCCAUUCUAUUUUCGUGAGUAAUAAUUGUUAAGAGAGUGUAAUUUUCUGUUUUCAAUGUAGUCACCCAUAUACAGUAUUUUUGUGAGUUGGUACUUAUCUGAACAGACAUUUUCAAGUGACCCUUCUAUUUUUAAAGUUAUUGAAUAAUUAAUUUUCUAGCAUUUUUCAGCUGCAUGAACUGCAAUUCUUGCACUUUGUCAGAUUUUUUUAUAUUUGAUGAUGUAACUACAGUAAACGUUUAGUUAUCUGCAAUCAGACAAGAUCCAAGAAAUUUCCCACAACCAAACCACAUGUCCUUUAUUUGACGACAUUUUUUACAAAUCCUGCAGAUUACAGUAAAAGUGUCCCUAGCUUUAUGUUGUGAUUUCACUCAAAGUUCAAAAACUUACUUCAAAACACAUAACAUAAACUAAUCUAGCAUCAAGCUGAAAGGGUUUACAUUUUGUCAAAGGGUAUGCACAUAUGUCUAUUUCCCGCUAUAUUAACAUGUGCAGGCUUUAAUUUAGUUUCAGUUUCGUUUGUUAUAUGUUGUUAGUUAUUUCUUGUAUAUUUCAAAUGACUUAUUCGAAUUUUAUAGAAAAUAUAAAAAAGAUUCAAAUACUAAAUAGAAAUUUUAAAGCUGAGUAUGAUGUCAAUGGUGAAUAAUUAGACGUAUUAGAAGCGUAUAUAAGGAACCCUUUAGUCAAUGGCCUUAGGUGUUGGCAUCAUCAGAGCAACCAGCUUUCACCCCUUAGAUUGUGAGUUUGAUUAAGAUAUUCAUUUGAAAAGAGUUGGUUAACGCUCUGCCGAAAGUCAUGGUUCUCCGGGUAUGCCAGUGUUCUUCCACUUGGAAUGUUUAGAGUGGAUUGGGAUGUAUUGUGCUAGAAAUAUGACUGUAACUGAACAUGAACAGGGAUUCGUAUUCACUUCUCUCUCCACUCUUUAAUAUAAAAGCGUAAAGUUAACAAAUGUCACAACUUUCAGGAUGUUUGAUGUUGGUGGACAAAGGUCAGAAAGAAAGAAAUGGAUUCACUGUUUUGAAGGAGUGACUGCUAUAAUCUUCUGUGUGGCGUUGAGUGCUUAUGAUCUAAUGCUGGCUGAAGAUGAUGAAAUGGUAUGUUAAAUUCUCUUUCUGCUUCUAUGCAGUGUACAUCAUGUAAAGUAGCAGCAGGCACUAUGAGGGGUGAAGUGCAAGGGGAAUCUCCUACCCAAUGCUUAGUCUCCCUACAUAGCUUUUAUUGCUCAACUUACAGGGUCCUCAAGUAUAAGCAAACAAUAUUUAAGCCUGGACAGGGGGCGACACGAGUGACAUUUGAUCGUUUUAAACAUUUGUGGGGCAGGCAUAUUAGUGCUUUUCUAAUAUACCCGCGGAGGAGGUAGUUUGUGGGUUUAAUAAUUUGUCGACAAUAAUUUGUCAAACAAGAUGUGGGGUUAAUAAUUUGUCAACAAGGAAGAUUUGGUUAAUGGUACCCUUCGCCACAGAUGAUAGAUUAUACCAGAUGUCUCACUCAGCCAAAAUUGUGUCCGCGAUUUUUUAUGAGCACGCGUUGGCCACCAUUUUGGCAGUAAGUGUAAUCCACGCCAUGAAACGUGAGCAAUCACGCAUUUUGGCAGUAAGCGCCAUUUUGGCAGUAAGUGUCGCACGCGUCAUCUGGCGUGACAGCUUCGCGAAAAUCGCGGACACGAAAAUCAUAGGGAUAGAUACACAGUGAGACAUCUGGUACAAUCUAUCAUCUGUGCCUUCGCUGCACAGACAAAGGCGUUCCAUGAAGUGAAAAGUCUCAUGGAACGCCAGGUAAUAUACGGUUAUUUAACAAUUAUUCGCCGAAGGCGAGGUGAUUAUCGGUGAAUGAAAACCGAGACGAAGUCGAAGUUUUCACAAUAAUCACCGAGCCUGAGGUGAAUAAUUGUUUUAGUAUAAUUUCAUAGGUGAUUAUUUGGGGGGGGGAUUCACAUUUCUUCGUCAUUUAAUAGGCAAUUCCAGCUAUAGACUAAAUUUUGAUCUAGGCAACAAGAACAAAAUCCAUGCAUCACCACAGCUGGAAAGAGCAUGUUAAAUGAGGUUACAUAGUAACCAAGGUUAAUAUCAUAGGAGCCGCGCGCAGUCUGGGUACGACAUGUGCCCUCAGGAUAUCGGAUGUAGCGAGUGCCAAGCAGACUCUCAGGUCAUUAGCUAAUUCGUAGCCAACUGCAAUGGUUAUGUGCUCAGAGAAGAAGCAAUUUUUUUUUUCAUGACUACAAUUGAUUUUCAAUUUAAUCCCCAUCGAACUAAGUUCGGUGUGAUAAGGUGCAGACGUUCGGUGGUCAGGUCCUGAAUGGACAGGUCCACGUGAUUCGGACCUGAAUCCAAGUAACUCAAAUCCGGAGAUCAUUAGCUGACCACGUCUGCACCUAACCAUCCACACGGGUAAGUAUGGUGACGACAGAUAUUAACAUUAGUAAAAUUGAUAUUUGCUGUGUUGGUGUAAUGUACUCAGGUGAAUAAGAUGCUGUGUGAUGUUACUCUGAGUGUAUAUCCACACCGGGCAGGCUUGAAAAAUAUGCCUGGCCACGGUGGGAUUCGAACCUACGACCUUUGGAAUACUAGCCCAACGCUCUGCCAACUGAGCUACGCGGUCAGGUCGGUUCGAGUAUGCGAUAUUUCGAUUGAUUAUUAGAUUACACUGAUAUCGAAGGAACUAGACUUAGUUCCGAAAUAUCGUAUACUCGACCGACCUGACCGCGUAGCUCAGUUGGCAGAGCGUUGGGCUAGUAUUCCAAAGGUCGUAGGUUCGAAUCCCACCGUGGCCAGGCAUAUUUUUCAAGUCUAGUUCCUUCGAUAUCAGUGUAAUCUAAUAAUCAUGAUAUUUAAAGUUUGUUUGUUCACUGCAACCAGGUAUAUCAAUCAUGUUUCACUCGCUACUCUGGUUUAAAUAAAUGAUUACAAGGCCCAGUCGAAUUAUAAUCAAGACCCAACGUUUCGACACUCCAGUCUAGUGUCUUCAUCAAGGGUGAUCUAAAGAUGCAAUCGUGGCUUCUUAAAUACCUAAGGGAUGACGUCACCUGCCAAUGAGAUGCAUAUAUUCAUCUGGCAAAUAGGCACCGUCAUCCCUAUUCAAAGCAUGAUUACUCAUAUUUAUAUGCCACGCUUCUAAGCAAAGUCUUUGACCAUAGCGAUUGUUUGUGGUAAUUACUUUAGAGUUUUCCCACGCAAUCUCGUGUUUGGUGUAACAUACAUGUUCGGCUAAAGCUGAUUUUCCCUUGUCUAAAGUUGAAACAGCCUUUUGAUGUUCUUUUAGCCGUGUACCAAACUGGCAUUUCCAUUUCCUUCUGCCUUUUUUUUCAACGCAAACAUGCAAAUUUUUCGGCCGCCAUUACUGAGUUGUCAAUUAGCGAGAUGUUGAUUUCUUAGCCGGAUGUGACGUCAUUUACUCAACACGCUUCUUUCCCGAAAGAGAAAUUAAUAUUAUCAAAGGCUUAUACUAGGCUGUUUUUUGUUCAAAAUGAUGUCUUCUGACGAAAACCACAUCUCAAAUUUUGCAACACAAUCAUCUUGCGAACUCUCUUUUGCCGAAGACGUUUCUUGUGAUACGGGGGUGAUGUAAAUAUGGAGAAAAGUGUGGAUUUGUGCGAGGCCUAUGAUACUUCAGUCGAAGCUCUUGCCACUGAAAAAACAUAAUACACGAAAAGUACUAUAACUGAGAGAGAGAGCAAAAGCAGCAAACACUGUCUGCUGGAUUGUCUGGGGAAACCUCAACGGGCACCUGGUACGUUUUGGAUUGUAUUUAUUUACGUUUUGGUUUAUAUAUUUGUGACAUAAAACAAACAUGUGAUGGCCAUGUAAAACAAAACAAAUAAUGGUCACUGGUCUCCUUAUAAAAAAUCAUUGUCACCUCCGUUAUAUUGCACGAAACGUCUUCAGUGAGAGAUGGCUUAAAGAUGACUGUGUUGCCAAAUUGGAAAUCCUAACUCACGUAAGAAAACAUAUUAAUUUGCACAAAGUUGUGGGAAAUAUAUUUCAAUUAUAUAUAUUAAUAAAUAUAUUAUAUACUUCAAUAGUAUACUUCAAUAGUAUACUUUAAUAUAUUAAUGAUCCAUAGGUAUAAAUGUGGUUAAUGUGUCCUGGCUCAUUGUUGUUUAUGUGAACCUUGUAAGAAAAAAUGCUGGAAGAAAACAUGCAUGACUGCUGCUUAUUAAACUGAGCAUCCAGCAUUUGAUAUUGGUUGUUUGAAACAUUGGGUGUUAAAACUUCCUGGUUUAAGUUACAAAACCUGAUUAAAAGGCUGCCAAAUUAUACCACUCUGUAUACCGAAGGGAAAAAGAGUGAACCAGACUAAGUAUUUCAAUGUGUUAUGUAGUUCUAGGCAAUACCCCAGGGCUGCUAAUGGAAGAGAUUUAGUUAAUUAUGAACCCCCACCCCUCUAGAUUUUUCUAAUUGUCACUGACAGCUUGUUUUUCCCACCCCUAUGGACAUUCCGAACAGUGUUUUACUACUAUCAUACUUUGAAGCAUGAUGUCGGUGUUUUAAAAAAUAUCUCGGCAAAAUGUUCAUUGUUCACAUAUAAACAAGACAGAAACCGUAUCUUGGCAUAUGCACAGCAAGGAAGGGGGUACCUUCUUGAACUGUUGGUAUAGCCCCACACAAGCUUCACUACUUGAUAUGCAACUGCCCUAAGAAACAUACUUUCAAAAAGAAAAUUUAUAUUAAUUUAUAUUAAUUUAUGACAGCUUUAGAAUUUAGUAAUCCAAAAACUAUCAUGUUAUUU